AUGGUUAGGAGCGGACGAGACCGUGAUAGAGACCGUGAUCGUAGACGGUCUCAUAGCCGUUCAGCCACGCCCGAUCGUAAACGCAGACGAUCAAGAUCUCGCAGUAGGGAUCGGAGUUCCAAGUCCUCCAAAAGAAAACGUAGCCGCAGCAGAGACAGGGACUCUAAAAGAGAUCGAAGCAGGGAUAGAGACCGUGAUAGAAAAAGUGAUAAGAGAGAUGACAAGAGAAAUGGAUCCAGCAGCAAGUCAUCACGAAAAAAAUCUCCUGAUAAAGAUAGGAAAGAAAGAUCUAAGUCUAAAGAAAAACAGGAUAAAAAAGACUCAAGUGAUUACAAUCUAGGUUCAGUUGAUAAGGAAGAGGAACAGAGCCGUCUGGAAGCUGAGAUGCAGAAAAGACGUGACCGAAUUGAACGUUGGCGCGCUGAACGUAAACGGAAAGAACUGGAGUCAGCAAAGAAGGAAGUCCAAAAGGGCAGCAUUGUAACCAGUAUACAAACACCAACAUCCAAAAAAUGGUCAUUAGAAGAUGAUUCCGGGGAAGAAGGUGAAGAUGGUGAAGCCAAAGAGAAAGCAAAUGCCGAAGCGAAAAAGGAAGAGGAAGAUGAAAUAGAUCCAUUAGAUGCCUAUAUGCAGGAAGUGCAACAAGAAGUACGAAAGGUAAAUCAGAUAGACCAGUCCAGAGGUCUUAUAAGUGUACCAUCUGCUGGUGGUGGUACAGGUGUGGUGAUACUAACUGGAACAGCUAAAAAGAAAGUUGCAGAACAAAAGAAUAAAGGUGAAUUAAUUGAACAGAACCAGGAUGGCUUAGAAUAUUCUUCAGAGGAAGAAACAGAGGAUAUUAAAGAUGCAGCAGCAAAUCUUGCAUCAAAACAAAGAAAAGAGCUUGCCAAAGUUGACCAUGCAAGUUUACAUUAUAUGCCCUACCGGAAAGCUUUUUACACUGAGGUCAGUGAGUUGUCCAGAAUGACUCCAGAAGAAGUUGAAGCUUACAGGGUAGAAUUAGAAGGGAUCCGUGUCAAAGGCAAGGGCUGUCCAAAGCCGAUAAAAACAUGGGCCCACUGUGGGAUUAGUAAGAAGGAGAUGGAUAUUUUAAAGAAGUUGAACUUUGAGAAGCCUACACCUAUACAAGCACAAGCAAUUCCAGCUAUCAUGUCAGGAAGAGACUUGAUUGGCAUUGCCAAGACUGGCUCAGGCAAAACCUUAGCUUUCAUCUUACCCAUGUUCCGACAUGUUUUGGAUCAGCCACCACUGGAGGACACUGAUGGCCCAAUAUCCCUUAUAAUGACGCCCACCAGAGAGCUUUGCAUGCAAAUUGGAAAGGACAUCAAAAAAUUCGCAAAGUCCUUGGGAUUGAGGGUUGUUUGUGUUUACGGUGGUACUGGGAUUUCAGAGCAGAUCGCCGAGCUGAAAAGAGGCGCCGAGAUGAUAGUUUGCACGCCGGGCCGGAUGAUCGACAUGUUGGCCGCCAACUCGGGUCGAGUGACCAACUUGCGGCGAGUCACUUAUGUGGUGCUGGAUGAGGCGGAUCGUAUGUUCGACAUGGGUUUCGAGCCGCAGGUUAUGAAAAUCAUAGACAACAUACGGCCUGACCGACAGACCGUAAUGUUCAGUGCAACUUUUCCGAGGCAAAUGGAGGCCCUUGCGAGGCGCAUACUGCAGAAACCUAUUGAAAUACAAGUCGGUGGAAGGAGUAUCGUGUGCAAGGAGGUCGAACAGCACGUCGCCAUAUUGGAGGAAGACGCAAAGUUCUUCAAACUGCUGGAACUGCUCGGCCUGUACAGCCAGAUGGGCAGCAUCAUUGUGUUUGUGGACAAGCAGGAGAAUGCUGACAGCCUGUUGAAGGACCUCAUGAAGGCAUCAUACUCUUGCAUGAGCCUUCACGGAGGCAUCGAUCAGUUCGACAGGGACUCUACGAUUGUGGACUUCAAGUCGGGCAAGGUGCGUUUGCUGGUGGCGACCAGCGUGGCGGCGCGCGGACUGGACGUGAAGCAACUGGUGCUGGUGGUGAACUACGACUGCCCCAACCACUACGAGGACUACGUGCACAGAUGCGGUCGUACAGGGCGCGCGGGCAACAAGGGCUACGCGUGGACGUUCCUCACGCCGGAGCAGGGCCGCUACGCGGGCGACGUGCUACGCGCCUUCGAGGUGGCAGGCGCUACGCCGCCGCCGGAGCUACGCCGCUUGUGGGAGCAGUACAAGGAGGCGCAAGAGAAGGACGGCAAGAAGGUGCACACGGGCGGCGGGUUCAGCGGCAAAGGCUUCAAAUUCGACGAGUCCGAGGCGCAGGCGGCGUCUGAGAAGAAGAAGUACCAGAAGGCAGCACUCGGCCUACAGGACUCCGAUGACGAAGACGUAGAGGGGGAUCUGGACCAGCAGAUCGAAACGAUGCUGGCUGCCAAGAAGAUUGUCAAAGAGAUCAAGCCGGGCGUGGCGGCGGACGGGGCGGUACCGUGGCGCUACUAUCGACCGGGCGUGGCGGCGGGCGGUGCGGCGGCUGCCGCGGCGGCGGCCAGCACGGACGGCAAGCUGGAGCUGGCGCGGCGGCUCGCGUCGCGCAUCAACAUCGCCAAGGGGCUGGGUGCAGAGCACAAGGGCGCCACGCAGCAGGCCGCCGAGGCAAUCCUCAAGGGCUCGCCCUCCACGCACACGCUCAUCACGGCGAAGACCGUCGCCGAACAGCUGGCCGCGAAGCUGAACACGCGCCUGAACUACCAGCCUCGCGACGAGACCAACACGGAGCCGGCCGAGGAGGUGUUCCGCAAAUACGAGACCGAGCUGGAGAUCAACGACUUCCCGCAGCAGGCGCGGUGGCGGGUCACCAGCAAGGAGCUCCGUUCCGACCUGGACAUCUGGUUUGGAAUU